ACCGCCUAUCGAGUUUUCAAACCAAAUAAAAUUCCACAGAAUCUUUCUGAUGUAAAAUUAGUCUCAAUGAGACGUUUGUUUGUCACAAUUUAAAUCCAGUUUUUAUAUUAAAAAGGACGGUUGAUUGCGCUGGUCUAGCUUUUCUUUAUCUGAACGCCGUGACAAAGAAAGUAACUCAAGCGUACACAUUUACUUUCAUGUUUUUUUAUUUGAAGAAAGAAUCGCUUCCAAGAUGGAUCGGGACAGUGCUAGCCCGUCCCCCUCCAGCCUGCCGGAGUCCCCUGGUCGCAACUCUCCUGAUAUCGCCUUACUGCUGGGUCUGAAAAGCCUGGCUGUGAGGCUGGUCGACUGCAGGAAAACACCAGGGCAGAGUGGAACUGUGAGAGGGGGGCACGAGGAGGAAGACUUGAUUUCAUCAAGUUUGAACAAUGGGGACACCCUUAACUGUCGCUCUCUCAAUGGGAGGGACUUAUCUGGGGAGCCUCAACAACAUGUUUGUGACAAGGUAGAGAAUAGUCUCUCCCGAUCAGAACACCUCAAAAAGCACAGACAUACAGGGAAGAAACCUCACCAUUGCUGCUCUGACUGUGGGAAGAGUUUCACUAGCAGGAGUGGUUUCAUAAUGCACCAACGGAUUCACACCGGAGAGAAACCGUACUGCUGCUCUCAGUGUGGGAAUAGUUUUGCUGCUUCUAACACCUUCAAAUCUCAUCUGAGAAUUCAUACAGGGGAGAAGCCUUACCCCUGCCUUGAUUGUGGUAAAAGCUUUGCUAAUUUGGGAAUUCUAACCAUACACCAGCGUAUACACACUGGAGAGAAGCCUCAUAGCUGUAAUCAUUGUGGGAAGAGCUUUGCUCGGUCAGGAGAGCUGACUACACACCUGGUAACACACACUGGAGAGAAGCCUUAUGUCUGUCUGUGUGGGAAGAGCUUUGCUCGGUCAGCACACCUGAAUAGACACCAGCGAACACACACUGGAGAGAAGCCUUAUAGCUGUGAUCAGUGUGGGAAGAGCUUUGCUUUAUCAGAACACCUGAAUAGACACCAGCGAACACACACUGGAGAGAAACCUUACAGCUGUGAUCAGUGUGGGAAGAGUUUCAGUCUAUCAGGGACCCUAAAUACACACCAGCGAACACACACUGGAGAGAAACCUUAUGUCUGUCUAUGUGGAAAGAGCUUUGCUCAUUUAGGGCCAAUGAGAAAACACCAGAAAACACAAACGUGCUGUAUUUCAUCUCCCUCCCCUUCUGGCACAGGUUCCAGAUCCCUAAAUAAAUGUUCAAUAAAAAUCUAGUGUACCCUAACCCUAAAUAAAGGAUAAAUACAUUUAAAAAAAACUAUGAAACAGUCAUAUCCAUCUCCCAUUCUUAAACAAUUGCCUUUGUCUGAUCACCAUGGUAACCUCUGCAGCAUAAUAUGCAGCUCUGAUCUAGGAUCAGGUCUCCACUGUGUCUAUGUAAUAUCACACAUUGAUCUAAAUGGAUAAAUGUUAUCAUAGGAAAUGUUAUAGUCAACGUGUGUGUGUGUUUACGUACUCCAAAAACGAAUCAAUGACACAUUGAAUAAUAAUAUUCAUGAGGUCAAGGAAAGAACUAUGUAUGCUGUCUUGUAACAACCGUUAAUGUAAUAACUUUUAGAUUUAUAAUGUAAUGAAACCGGUAAAUGUAAUAUCUUGUUGGUUAAUAUGAUAAAAUGUUGAAUUGUUAUCGUAAUAACUUUUCUGUUUAAUUUAAUAAGUUACGUUAUCAGUCAGGUAAGUAACAACUUUUUUAAUGAAUAACGUAAUAACUUCAACCGAUCAUGUAAUAACACCUAAACCAAUGUUUAAUGUGUUACUUCACCAAUGUUAAUGCACAUACCACCCUCCACCAAUUACAAACCCACACACAAACCUAUGCACCUGUACUCACACACAAAUACACAGCUUCAUCAUCAAAUUGUAUUGGUCGCAUACACAUAUUUAGCAGAUGUUAUUGCAGAUGUAUAAAUGCUUGUGUUCCUAGCUCCAACAUUGCGGUAAUAUCUAACAAUACACAAAAAUACACACAUGUAAAAGAAA